AACUCUCUCUCUCUCUCUCUCUCUCUCUCUCUCUCUAUCCCACUAGGGUUCGGCUUCGAGCUCGGCGAGGUGACAACAAUGGCGGCGGCUGGGAGGAGGGGGCUCGGGAUGGCGACGGUGGCGCUCCUCGCGGCGGCGGCCGCAGUCCUCGUCGGCUUCCCCUCGGAGGCCGCGACCAAGGUCUCCUUCGUCAAAAACACCAUCAAAUCCCACGACAUCGUCAUCUUCUCCAAAUCCUAUUGCCCAUAUUGUAGAAGAGCAAAGGGUGUUUUCAAGGAACUGAAGAAAGAAGCAUAUGUCGUGGAGCUGGACCAGAGAGAGGAUGGAUCAGAUAUUCAGGAUGCCUUAUCUGAAAUGGUCGGAAGGCGCACGGUUCCUCAAGUAUUCAUCCUUGGAGAGCACUUGGGCGGCUCCGAUGAUACUGUCGGCGCAUAUGAAAGCGGCAAACUUGCGGAACUCUUGAAUAUUGACAACUCAAAAGAUGAUCUUUAGAUGCAUCAGGAUAUCAAUGCGUCUGUUCCACAUACAAUAGUGGCUAUGAUUGGAUAACAAUUGCAUGUGUUGCAACACUCUUUUUGCAAAAUUAGGUUUUUUAGGGCUUUUAAGUAAGUGUUGCAUUCUGUGGUUCCAGUUGUUCAUCAUUCUAUGCAUUGGAUACAUCUUUUAUAUCAAACAGAUCAGAAUCUCUAGCAUGUUUUAGGGCCGGUCGGUGCCGGGCUAGCCCAAACUGGCCCAUGACUUUAGCUCUUUGAUGGAAUGUCGCCGGAUGGCGGUGACACUUGCGAGGCCGAUCGGGGAGGAGCCUCUUCGCAAAUCACAAUCUGGUUGAGCUCGAAAGCCCAAAGAUCAGCCAACGAAACACACUCGUAGGAUCACUUAACAAAGCGCAGCACAAACAAUAAGAAUCAUUAUAAGUUUAAGUUUAUUGUUGAAUUGAA